AUGGAGCGUCGCGGUCAACGUCCGCCGCGUUCAGUACGGCCUCCCCAGCCUCAGUCACCGCUCUCCGACUCCGAGCAGCCAUCUUUGCUGUACCAGCCGCGACCGACCGAACCCGCAAGGGGUAUAUCUUUCCAGUCGAAAGAGGUUGGUGAUCGCGAAGAUCUACUCGACCAGGAACGACAGAGGGCGUAUACUGCUUAUCAGAACAGCAAUCUACUCUCUACUGGAUUUCCGAACGACCCCGAAGCCGCCAACACUGGCGCGGGCGUAGGCAGGAAGAAGAGCCUGGUUAGGCCCGACCGCGAAAAGAUAGAGCCUGGGCAUCGCCUCUACCACUAUCGCAAUCAUGCUGUGCAGAUGGAGGAUGAGGGAGGUGGGAUUGCUAUGCCUUCCACUACCGGCAACGUUCCUCGUGAACAAUUGCGAAGAGGCAAGUCACUUCUUGGACGAGAAGAGGAUGUGCACGAGUCUGGGCUGGCUCUUUUCAAGCGUGGAACGACUCUGCGUCGGAAGCAGGCUAAACCCGUACAACCUGAACCGAAGAGGAGCUGUAUGGAUGCGCUAGGACCAGGACCAAAGGGCCCUUGGUUCAUGUAUUGUUUUAUACUCACUUUGCUUGUUCCAACACCCCUCCUCAGAGCAUGCGGAAUUCGUACCCCCGAGCAGAUUCGAGCUUGGCGUGAGAAGAUGGGUCUUAUGGGUAUCAUUGCUAUUCUAAUGUGCGCUGUCGGCUUCAUUACCUUCGGCUUCACGCGCACGGUGUGCGGUACACCUGCAAACCGGUAUCAUGCUGGUGAUAUUGAAGCGGCAUCGGCGGUCAUACAUGGCUAUGACUACGAUUUCAACUCGUUCAAACAUCCCGCUGUUGGAAACUUCAACGGAGACACGAAUCCAAUAUACGUGGGCGGUUGGAAUGCUGCGGGUGCGGACUUGUCGUUCAUGUUUCAGAACACAGGCGGCGCUUGCUCCGGGUAUAUCACGAAGUCAAGCAACUCGCUGAUAAACGGGAGCACCAGCGAUCCCGAAUGGUACUUUCCGUGCAAUAUUUUCGGAUUGAACGAUACGACGGUUGUUAAUGCAACAAACUAUAAUACUUCGACGACAUGUCAUCUCUCCUCGACGGCUAGAUCACAGUUAGCCUCGAUGACACCCAUGGGUCAAGUCUAUUACACCUGGCAAGACGUCGCGAAUUCGUCACGGAAUCUUGUGGUCUACGAGUCGUCUGUUUUUGAUCUUGACCUUUUGCGAUGGCUGAACACCGACGAAGUCGAUUAUCCGGCUGUAUUUGACGAGCUCAAAGUAGGAGAUGGGACCUACAAUGGCAAGGACUUGUCUAUGUAUUUCGCCCGCACAAAUCAACUUGGACUCGCAAAAUGUUUAGAGCAAAUUGUCAUGGUCGGGUUCAUCGACACGAACACGAUCGGUUGUGUGGCUUCCCAGGUUGUGCUCUAUGUGUCCUUGAUAUUCAUCAUCGGCGUCGUCGGGAUUCGCUUUGCCAUCGCCAUGUUCUUCUUCUGGUUCAUCUCCGCCAAAGUUGGAAAUUAUGGCAAUGAGACAUACCAGCAGCGCCGUGCCCGUAUGAGGGAGAUAGAAGACUGGACAAAUGAUAUAUACAAGCCUGCUCCUAGUGGAUACCGGCCGAAUGUCUACAAGAAUGGCGUGCAGAAGAAUGCCAAGCGGCGUACCUUCCUCCCAAGCACGUCACGAUUUACUCCGGCAGAACCGCUCAAGGGUGCUAUGGGCAGCAGGGCCUCAGCGGCGUAUGGCAUGUUAGAGCCGAUACCAUAUAAUUUGAAGAAGCCAGGAAGCGUGUAUGCAUCAUCGAGUGGCAAGACACUCUCGAAGUUGGUCCCCCCCGACACGCCCGGUUAUCGUAAUUCACGAAGCUCGGUCUCACUCGCUGUGGACGGAACUCGCAGUCUCUUCGCGGACAAUCCUUGCCCCUUCCCGUUACAUAACGUGGUUCCCCAGCCGCCACCUGACUACGAGCCCUUCAACUUCCCGCUUGCGCACACCAUAUGCUUAGUUACCGCGUACUCUGAAUCUGUGGAAGGUCUGCGUACGACGCUUGAUUCUCUAGCGACGACCGAUUACCCGAACAGUCACAAACUGAUCCUCAUCGUCGCGGACGGUAUGGUUAAAGGUGCUGGUAACUCGAUGACUACUCCGGAAAUUUGUCUGUCAAUGAUGAAGGAAUUUAUCAUUGCUCCGGAGGAAGUUGAAGCACACUCCUACGUGGCCAUUGCGGAUGGCCACAAACGACACAACAUGGCGAAGGUCUAUGCGGGUUUCUAUGACUACGACGAUGCGACCAUCGAGCGUAGCAAGCAGCAACGGGUGCCAGUUAUUGUCGUUGCCAAAGUCGGUAAUCCUCUCGAAGCUAACGAUGCAAAGCCGGGUAACAGAGGCAAGCGUGACUCGCAAAUCGUCCUGAUGUCAUUCUUGCAGAAGGUGAUGUUUGAUGAGCGUAUGACGACGUUCGAGUAUGAAUUCUUUAACUCGAUCUGGCGGGUCACUGGAAUCAGCCCUGAUCGUUUCGAACUGGUACUGUGCGUCGAUGCCGACACGAAGGUCUUCCCGGACUCUGUCAGUCGACUGGUAGCCUGCAUGGUACAGGACUAUGAGGUGAUGGGUAUCUGUGGUGAGACGAAGAUCGCUAACAAGUCGGAGACCUGGGUCACGAUGAUUCAAGUGUUCGAGUACUUCAUUUCCCACCACAUGACUAAAGCCUUCGAGUCGACUUUCGGCUCCGUUACUUGUUUGCCCGGCUGUUUCAGUAUGUAUCGCAUCAAGGCACCGAAGGGCGACUCUGGCUAUUGGGUGCCUAUCCUCGCAAACCCUGAUAUCAUAGAGCAUUAUUCGGAGAACGUCGUAGAUACCCUGCACAAGAAGAAUCUGCUUUUGCUUGGAGAAGAUCGUUAUCUCACUACGUUACUUCUGAAGACCUUCCCGAAGCGAAAGAACGUUUUCUGUGCUUCUGCCGUGUGCAAGACCAUCGCCCCGGAUACAUUCAAGAUCCUUUUAUCUCAGCGUCGACGAUGGAUCAAUUCAACGGUGCAUAACCUUUACGAGCUUGUUCAGGUUCGCGACAUGUGCGGCACUUUCUGCUUCUCGAUGCAGUUCGUUACCGGAAUGGAACUGAUUGGAACGCUCGUCCUUCCCGCCGCCAUCUCGUUCACAUUAUACCUCAUCAUUGAGUCCAUCGUUCCGAACCACCCGAACACCACCAUUCCACUCACUUUGCUCGCGAUCAUUCUUGGUUUGCCAGGUGUCUUAAUUGUAGUAACCUCAUUCAAGGUCACCUACAUCGGCUGGAUGGUCAUAUACCUGCUUUCGUUGCCGAUAUGGAACGGUAUUCUUCCGGCGUACUCAUAUUGGCAUUUUGAUGACUUCUCGUGGGGACAAACACGAAUGGUUGCGGGCGAGAAGGCCCACGAUAAUCAUGGAGACAAAGAGGGCGAGUUCGACUCUUCGCAUAUCGUCAUGAAGCGGUGGGUCGAGUUUGAGCGCGAGAGGCGGUGGAAGAGCGGCAGUCAAUCGCGGGAUUCGACAGUCUUCGACUACCGUUCCUAUUCCCCCAAGAGGAGCGAUAGCAGGCGACCGUCAUUGUCUUCAACCGAUUACCAGGUUCAACAACAGAUCGACUCUGAUACUAAUGAGUCGUCUGGCGCUCCUCCGCCCCGGCCGCGAAAGGACACUAACCAACUGCUCAUGCUUCCGGCGCCGUUGUCUGUUAACCGUAACGUUGGGACUGCGACUACAGCUUCUGUGUCUACAUCUGGUGUUUCUCGUUCCAGCGAGGAGGGAAACACUUCAGAAUUCGGCUCGUCCUCGCACAAACUUGUUCCUCAAGACUUCCAAGAAGAAUAUGCCUCUGGUUCCUAUUCCCCGCCGUCGACCGCACAACAAUACCGCCAACAGUUUAAUCAGCAAUCACAUCAACAGUUUCCUCAGCAGCAGCCAUACUCCCCCCAGUCUGCCUCUUUCGACGCGCGCAUCUCUCGAGCAGCUAGUUCCAAUAACGGCGCGCUCCGUCAGUCGACCGUGCCAAGCCAAUAUCCAGGAGAGACUUUCAACCCUUACAGUUAUACAGGUAGUGGCUACAUCGACGAGCCUCAGAUUCCAUUUGUGUCAAGUGAUCCUGAGGAAAUGCCUUCACCUCCGCGUCCAGCGCCUACACGGUCGCGUGGGGUCAGCCUUGCGGAUAACGGGCCCACCCCUGGACCAGGAGCUGUACGACGGGUGUCGAGACAGGCCCGGCGAACAUCGACCCAGCCACCACCGCAGAACCGCUACUCGCGCUCGUCGAUUACGCCGUACGGUAACCUCCCACCUGGUGCCGCUCCUCCGCAGUCUGGCCCUGGCUAUUGA